ACGCCAGCCGACAGUCGUGUCUCAACACUCGACAGCAGCAGACGUUAGGCACAACUCGACAGCUCACAAGCAAGAGUAGCAGCAGCAGGCAGCCCCAACCAAAUUCCAAACUCGACUCCAGUUCCAAAAUAAAAACACACUCACACACAGAGAGAGACCAUGUAUCCAGCCACUCAGUUGCUGCGUCUGCGCAGCACCAGCGCUUUGAGCAGCGCUGCCAUACGCACGUUGAUGACCAACGGCCGGCAGAGGAACACCAGCACGGUUAGCGCAGAGAGGGCGCGGGCACAGGGCGACAGCGAGACGGACAAGUUUCUGCACUACAGCCCCGAGGAUGGCUACUACAAGACCUCCCCCUACGACCCCAUCGUGGUGCCCGAUGUGCCGCUGCACGAGUACGUCUGGCGGGACUUCAAGAAGUGGGAGAGCCGCGCGGCAGCGGUAUGCGUCGUCACCGAUCGCCAGUACACGUUCGCCCAGAUGCGGGAUGCCAGUGCCGCUUUUGCGGUGCGCCUGCAGACAAAGUUCAAGCUCCGCAAGCCGGACGUGGUGGCCAUCUGCUUGCCCAAUAUGCCGGAGUAUCCCAUUGCCACGCUGGGAGCCAUCGAGGCCGGUCUGACGGUGACCACCGUCAAUCCCAUCUACACUGCGGAUGAGAUCGCUCGUCAGCUAACCUUCAGUGCGGCGAACUUCAUCGUGGGCACCGUGCAGAACCAUGGAACGCUGAGCGAGGCCUGCAGGCUGGCCGGCAAGCGGCUGCCGAUUGCCGUCAUACGGAGCCGGCAGGAUGAGGCACUGCCCGCGGGAGCCAUUGACUUUUACGAGCUGAUUAGCACCCAGAAUGUGCGCUACGAUGAUCUGCAGGUGCCGAAGGACGCCACUGCCGACGACAUGGUCUUCCUGCCCUUCUCCUCGGGCACCACGGGCCUGCCCAAGGGCGUGAUGCUGUCCCACAACAACAUCACCAGCAACUGCGAACAGGUUCAGUCCGCCCUGCGUCUGGACCUGAGCGUGCAGGAAACGCUGCCCGGAGUGCUGCCCUUCUUCCACAUCUACGGCCUCACCGUGGUGAUGCUCUCCAAGCUGGGCCAGGGCGCCCGGCUGGCCACCAUGCCGGCCUUCAAGCCGGACGACUUCAUGAAGUCCCUCGACUACUACAAGGGCACCAUCUUGAAUCUGGUUCCGCCCAUAGCGCUCUUCAUGAUCAAUCAUCCCAAGUUGACGCAGGAGACGGCACCCGCCCUGAGAAUGGUGAUGAGCGGAGCUGCGCCCAUCGGCCAGCACGAUGUCGAGCGUUUCCUGCAGAAAUUCCCCAAGGCCGCCUUCAAGCAGGGCUACGGCAUGACCGAGGCCUCGCCUGUGGUGCUGCUCACACCGGAAGGCAACACACGCUACGCCUCCACGGGCAUUCUUCCUGGCUCGACUGAGUCCAAGAUUGUGCCCCUGGAUGGCGGGGACUUCAAGGGCGUGGGACCCCGCACCACGGGCGAGCUGUGUGUGCGCGGGCCGCAGGUGAUGUCCGGCUAUUUGAACAACGAGGAGGCCAACCAGGUCACCUUCUAUCCGGGCAACUGGCUGCGCACUGGCGACGUGGCCUUCUACGACGAGGAUGGCUACUUCUACAUCACGGACCGCAUGAAGGAGCUGAUCAAGGUGAAGGGCUUCCAGGUGCCGCCAGCCGAGCUGGAGGCCGUGCUCCGCGAUCACCCCAAGGUCCUCGAGGCAGCUGUCUUCGGCAUUCCGCACGAGCUGAACGGGGAGGCGCCACGAGCGAUUGUCGUGCUCCGGCAGGGCCAGCAGGCCACAGCCGAGGACAUUGCCGCCUACGUGGCCGAGCGUGUGGCCCACUACAAGAAGCUCGAGGGCGGCGUCAUCUUCGUGGACGAAGUGCCCAAGAAUCCCACCGGCAAGAUACUGCGCAAGGACCUUAAGGCCAAGUAUUCGGACUGAGACCCCCCCCCCCCAGGCACUCCUGCCCACAUCCGGGAUCUACGAGGAUAAAUAUUUUUCAAUCGUUUGCUACUUUUUUUUGUCUGUUUUAAUAUUGUGUAUGAUAACCAUCAAUGUUGGUCCCGUGCGGGGCUCGUGUAAGCGUUGCAUUUAGACCUUCGGAAAACAUUUAGUCCUAGACAUAGACGUAGGUCUCGAUUAGUCAUUCGAUUGGUCCAUAGUCUCUAAGAGUAGAAUAGGCUGAACUCGUAGUGUAAGCACCCCCCACCCCCAUUUGACACCCCCCACAAUCUGCAGUCUACAAUCCAUCAUCACUCCAUAUAAAUGUAUAUCAGAUUAGAUCACAUCGUUUGAUUAUACUUAAUGGAUCGUUGAUAUUUCACAGUUUACAGACGCAACUAUGAUAUUCGCAAGCACUUUUUUUUUUGUUUAGUGUCCUAAGAUAAUAAAUAAUAAAUA